AUGGCUCAGCAACAAGUGAAGUUCCAAAGUGAGACCGAAAAAUUCAUAAUGGAGACAAGAGGAGGAAUGCAGAAUGUGAACUCCCAACUAUCACAUCUUGCCCAAGCAGUUGCCAGACUUGAAAGCAAACAAGGGACACUUCCGUCCCAAGUGGAGGUGAAGAAGGUGAAUGCCAUGACGCUCAGAGGAGGAAAGGAACUACCCGAAGUGGUGACAGAGAAAAAACGAGAAGAAUCAGAGAUUAACGAGCAAGUCGGAAUGGGAUCAGCAGAUGAGGAAGAAUUGGCCAGAGAGAAAGACGCAAAGCGGAAGGCGAUAGGGAAAGGAAAAGAGAAAGCAAACCAGACCGAGCCCAUACUCCCUUUCCCAGGCAGAGCAGCCAAGGAACAAGAAAAAGAAGAAUUAACCGAGCUGGUCAAAAUCUUCAAGAAGGUGGAAGUCAAUAUGCCCCUUUUGGUCGCAUUACGCUCUAUGCCCAGAUGUGCGAAAUUUCUCAAAGAACUCUGCACUAGGAAAGUCAAAUACACUGAUGAUGCGAAAUUUCAAGUGGGAGAAUCUGUAUCCGCGGUCUUACAAAGAGAUAUGCCGAUAAAGUGUGGAGAUCCUGGGAUGUUCUACAUUCCUUGUGUGAUAGGAACAAUGAAAGUGGAGAAAGCGAUGCUCGAUUUGGGGGCAUCCAUCAACGUUAUGCCCUUAUCCAUGUACCAGGACCUGGAGAUAGGACCGCUGAAGCCCACCCGAGUGGUAAUCCAACUGGCAGAUCGAUCAAGUGUCUACCCAGAGGGGAUAUUGGAAGACAUGCUGGUCAAUGUGGAGGAACUCAUCUUUCCAACGGAUUUUUACAUUCUCGACAUGGGGAAGUCAAAAGCACGAGAUCAUGUAAUGCUUUUGGGCAGACCAUUUCUAAAGACUGCCAGGACUCGCAUAGAUUGA